CACCUGGCACUUGGCGCCUCGCGUUCUUGGGCCAAGUCAUUCAACUUCUGACACCCUAACGCCUGUCUUUUUUCAACCUUUAAACCCAAAUCCACGGUAGAGGGCCUCUCAAAAUCUGUCGCGUAUAUUCUUAUUUUAUCCCCUUUUGUCUGUGAAUUUGGUCCGGUUUUGGUGAACCAAACCCGCCCUUUCCAAAUCCCCGUCCAACAAGAUGAGCGCCGAGGCGAAUCAAUUGAAGAGGUUGUCUCGAAGUCCAUCGUCGAAGCCAGCAUCCUCCUUCAUUGAGGCUGAUUCGCAUGAUUCAGGAAAUGAAGAAGAUGGUUUAUCUUUGACCUCGAGCAUGUAUAAUUUUCCUAUGGAAAAUGGCAGGCGUUACCACCGGUAUCGCGAGGGUGCAUAUGUUUAUCCAAAUGACGAACCCGAGCUUGAACGUCUCAAUCUACAACAUUUCAUUCUGCAACAGGCGUUUGGAGGAAGAUCCUAUUUCGCACCAUUGAGGAACCCAAAAAGGAUGUUAGACAUUGGCACAGGGACGGGUGUGUGGCCGCUGGAAAUGGCGGAGGAGUUUCCCGACUGCGAAAUCAUCGGAACAGACUUAUCACCAAUUCAACCUCAAAUGGUUGCCGAAAACGUACACUUUUUCAUUGAUGACGCCGCAGAAGAGGAUUGGCUCUACCCGCCCAACCACUUUGAUUAUAUUCAUACGCGCGCCAUGGCAGGCUCGUUUGAGGAUUUCCGACAUAUAAUUCGACAAGCAUUCUUCUAUCUGAAACCCGGCGCAUGGCUCGAAUCCCAAGAGAUUAUGUCAAAGGUGUAUUGCGACGACGGCACCAUGCCCGACACGUGGCCCUUUGUGACAUGGAGCAGGGAUCUCGACGACGCGGCAAUACGCAAUGAUCGACCUAUUCGUAUUGCCAAUAAGUUGAAGCGCUGGUAUGAGGAAGCUGGUUUUGUCGAUGUACACGAAGAGGUUUUCAAGGUUGCGGCGAACCCUUGGCCCAAGGAUGAGCAUAUGAAACGAUUAGGAAGACUUUCUAUGCGAAAUAUUCUUGAAGGUUUACAGGGUCUAAGUAUGGCCACAUUUCACCGUGCACUAGGCUGGACAAAGGAGGAGGUCGAAGUGUAUCUUGUGGAAGUUCGAAAGGCAUUGCAAGACCGCAGCGUCCAUGCGUACCAUAAGAUAUUCGUUGUCUGGGGCCGAAAACCCGAAGACGUCGUAUCACAACCCCGACCGAAGCCAUCAUGAUCAUGAAGC